CUAAAGAGGAAUACGGGGAAUGAAUGCUGAUUGCUGCUUAGGAAGGGAUCCACAGUGCCUCUGACAUCCAAGUCAAGGAAGUCCGAAGUUUGGGGCUGGUUUAUUUUUUGUUUCACACGUUUCUUUCAGAUCAAGGCCGACUCACGAUGUCCGGCAAUCAGGAUAAUGAUAAAGAGGCCAUGAAUACCUACAGUAUAACCCUCAACGGCCCAGCGCCAUGGGGCUUUAGACUUCAGGGUGGGAAGGACUUCAGCAUGCCCCUCACUAUCUCCAGGCUGACUCCUGGGGGGAAGGCUGCUCAGGCGGGUGUGGGUGUGGGAGACUGGGUGGUGUCCAUUGGCGAUGCCAACGCAGAGGAAAUGACCCACGUGGAGGCACAGAACAAGAUCCGAGCCGCAGAGGAGAUGCUCACCCUGACCCUUAGCAAAGCUUUCCAUGCAGGCGGUGAUCAAAAGGGUUCAUUCACCCCCACCUCUGUUCAGCCCAAAUACUCCUUCGCCCCCAGCGCCUCCAUCAACAAGAUGGCCCGGCCGUUUACACCUGGUGGGGGGAACUCGGUCAUUAAACCGGUGGCAUACGCACCGAAAGUAAACACUCCAACCCCAGCCUCCAUCAGCAUGCUACAGCCACACAAUGGAGAAGAUCAAGCUUUCUUUGAUCAACAGAUCUACCAGCAUGAGAAGCACGGUCUGCGGGUGGACAGCAUUCCCGUGUUCAUCCCUAAUGACCGCAGCAAGAAGAGGCUGAUUGAAGACACUCAGGACUGGCAGCCCCGCACCGGCACCACCCAGUCCAGGUCCUUCCGAAUGUUGGCCCAGCUAACAGGCACUGAUUACAUGCAGGACCCAGACGAUGAGAAUGUGAAGAAGUCCAGCCAGUUAUUUAUAAUGUCUUCCCCUUCUCCAGUUUCAAUCUCCCCUGCCCCUGGCCCAAUCAACUCCGGCCCUAAGUCACGCCCUCCGUGGGUAACCGAUCCAGGUUUUGCUGACCGUUACGCUCCGGACAAGACCAGUACGGUCCUGACCCAGCACAGACAGCCGGCCCAGCCCACACCCAUGCAGAACCGAUCGUCUAUUCUACAGGCAGCUCAACAGGCACCCGAGGACAGUGGAAGGACCCCUCUAUGUGGCGCCUGCAACAAGAUCAUUAGGGGUCGGUACCUGGUGGCGCUCGGUAAGUCCUGGCACCCGGAGGAGUUCAAGUGUUGCCAGUGUAAAGGGCUCCUGGAUGAGGGAGGCUUCUUUGAGGAGAGAGGGUCGGUGUUCUGUACCAAGUGUUAUGACAACCGCUACGCUCCCAACUGUGCCAAAUGCAAGAAGAAGAUCGCUGGGGAGAUCAUGCAUGCCCUAAAGAUGACUUACCAUGUGCAGUGCUUCAUGUGUGCAGCCUGUAAAAGCCCCAUCAGGAACCAGGCCUUCUACAUGGAGGAGGGAGAACCGUACUGUGAGAGGGAUUAUGAGAAAAUGUUUGGCACUAAGUGCCACGGCUGUGACUUUAAGAUCGAUGCUGGGGACCGCUUCCUAGAGGCCUUGGGAUUCAGUUGGCACGACACCUGCUUCGUCUGCGCUCUCUGCCAGAUCAACUUAGAGGGGAAAACAUUUUACUCUAAGAAGGAUAAGCCGCUGUGUAAAGGGCAUGCCUUCGCUCCCGUCUAAGAUGGAGAGGUGCCUCAGAGGGCAAAGGACAGGAACCCUCACUCUCUUCUGAACCGUACAACAACAACACAGCCGCAAUCCCUCUCCACUGCUCUGUUAACCAGACAGCUACAGCGUCAGUGUUCAAAACCGUGCGGUGGCCCCACUAAAGGUUUUCAGUAGUACUCUAUCCCUCCACUUUUGUCCUUCAAGUUUUCAAAUGUAUUCUGUGCUGGUUUCCUCAGUUGUCAGCCAUGCUCCAGUCUGGUGUAUCUAAAGGAAUAUGAUGGAUGUAAUAUGAACAGACAGUUUCUGUACUUUCCCAGUUACCUGAGUGUCAUAAGCGGUGUUGGUACCAAGUGAGUCCUUUAAAGCCAUAGCUUACCUCUCAUUUGUGUGUCAUUGUUCCCACUGAAAUAAAAUGUCAUCCUAACUCUGUGAUUGUGAUGCUGACCAUGGCUGGUGGGAGGUAUAUAAGCACUAUGCAAUGCAAACAGAGUCUGGGUGACGUUUGUAAGUAAUAUUUCAUGACUGGCUUGCUUUAAUUUCACCUUCCUUUGUUUUGCUUCAAGUGUACCUUAAUUUAGAGCCUAAAAGUUGAAAGAUCCAUUUAGUGUGAAAUAUAAGGGGUUACAGUAACAAGCACUCGCUGCUCUCUAUCUAAGUCUCUGGUCUCUGGAGUCUCUGGUCCAUUUGACACUCUUUACUGAAGUACUUAAUGUAAUGGGAGCAUUAACUGCAGUAUUUAAGGUAAUAUAAUGGGAGUCUUUACUGAUGUAUUUUAGGUAAUGUAAUGGAAGCCAUUACUGCAGUUUUUAAGGUAAUUGUAAGUCAGUUAUGUGUGAAAUGGCAUAGUGUCAACACUGUGUAUUAUCACCAGUACUUGCUGUACCACACUUUCAAUUCACAUCACAACUAAUACCCUAUAUGAUGCACUACAUUUCGUGUGUGUGUGUGUGCGUGCGUGCAUGUGUGUGUAGAGCAAGAGAAGGUUGCAAUUUAGAACGCGGCCUAUAUUGAAUUAUCUCUUAAUUGCAAAACACUCCAUAUUGACCACAGAGACCCAGAAUACUUAACAUUUGCUAUAUUAUUAUUUAAUUAAUGUAAAUCAGAAUAUUACCUCAGGAUGUGCAUAUUAAGGCAGGCAUUAAUUCAAAUAAUAGCAAUGUUUACACAGUGCCUCUAUUUACAAUAUUAAUCCGGUUUCCACCGUAAGGGGCGGCCCCACUAGUUGUUGUAGGUUUUAAUACAGCUCUUUUCUUGCACACGAAAACGUUUGGAUCUCUUUAACUUCUGUUAGACCAACAUACACCUAAGAAUGAACAGCAUGCUCCACAUUGCACACGACCCUGGUGCUAAAUGAAUCGGUCCACAUUUGUUUUCCGUUCUUACUGGAUCAGUGUGGCUUCAAUUUAAAACAGCAGGGUUGUGUUAGUGCAAAUUAAUUCUGGUUGGCUAACAGGGUAGGGGACAAAUCCAGUUUUAAUGGGAGAGUUUAAAGGAUGCUUCCUCAUUGGUACAGAUAUGGGAUUUAACCCAAAUGUGUGAUGGGAACAUACAACAAAAAUAUGUAUGCAUAUUGCCUCAAUAGCACUCUAUAGAGAUUGCUGUGUUUGAAAGGAAGGUGUGUUUUAAACCAAAUAAUAUUGUAAUAUGCUGUGCUGGUUUCUGAGGAGUGAUUCUUCCUGAUAUAUAUAUACCUUUCCACCUACUGUAGCAUUUUACUGUAAUGGUCAUGUCCCAGCCUCUUUCCCUGAACAUCAACUUCUCGUCAAAGACCAACAGGAUGAUAUAAUAUCAUAAAAAAUUAUAAUGCUUUUUGUACCCAUUUUGUAUGAAAGUAUUGUAUAUCAAGUGCCUUUUUAAGCUUUACACUCUGAGCUUUACAUUAACACUUUUAAUGCAAACAAAAACUGCUGUGUCCAUGUUUACCUGCUAAUGAUGGUUUAGUCAAAAGUAUACCAUUGAUAAAGGAGUUGUAUUUUGUAUUAGAACCAGUAAAAAAAUAAACAGAUGUCGGCAGUCUUA